AUGGCCGACAAAAUGGAUAUAGACGCCGUCAACGGCGAGAAACAAACGGAGAGCGUUGGUCCAGCAUCGACGCUGCCGCCGGAGCGAAUCAUCGUGAACAACUUCUCGCUUAUCGUUCAAGCUGUCGACAAUUUCGAUUCGAGAUUCACGCUUCGCGCCCUACGAAGCAUCUUCACCCUGCGCAAAUCGGAUCGCUUCGCCGAAGCUAUCAUCCAUGGCAUCCGGACAGCAUACCCCAAAGCCUCCAACCGAGGGCGACAGAUCUUGGAGGAUCAAUUACCGGCGAAGAUUGUGAAGCAGGCAGCCGCCUCUGCGGCGAAGGAGAAGGAUGUGCUGGAAGAGCAGACAUUGCCGGAGAUCUGGUCAUAUUUGGGCGUAUUGAUUCAGGUCUACCUCUACGAUACCAAAGAGCACGUCAAGGGCGCCGAGUUUAGUGAGAACUUUGUCGAGAGGAUUCGUAGCUGGAACCGUCGUACGCUGGAUCAGAUAGGUGUCAAAGCCUACUUCUACUACUCGCUAUUCCACGAGACGCUCGAUCCACGACCACCAUCAAAGCAAUCUCCCGUCAUCGAGACGAGACCAAAAUUGCUGGCCGCUUUGAGAUCUGCAGUCCUUCGCAAAGAUAAUGACACUCAAGCCGCGGUGACCGUGCUACUAUUGCGAAACUACAUUAGCACUGCCGACAUCACUCAGGCGGAUUUGUUAGUGGCUCAAACACAAUUCCCGGCAUCAGCCUCGAACAACCAAGUCUGCCGCUAUCUCUACUACUUGGGACGCAUUCGCGCCAUUCAACUCGCAUACACCCAAGCGCACGAGCACCUGCAAUCCGCCACUCGCAAGUCUCCCACCGUCGGUCCUGCUGUUGGAUUCUAUCAACAAGCGAUGAAGCUGUUGAUUGUGGUGGAGCUUCUCAUGGGAGACAUUCCGGAGCGCUCCGUGUUCCGACAGCCUUCCCUGGAGGUCGCGCUCUACCCUUACUUCAAAUUGGUACAGGCCGUCCGCGUCGGCGACCUGCAAGCGUUCUUGAAAUGCACCUCCGCUUACGAGGCGCAAUUCCGCGCCGACGGCACCUACACCCUCAUCCUGCGCCUCCGCCAGAACGUCAUCAAGACGGGUGUGCGCAUGCUCUCUCUGUCAUACUCGCGCAUCUCACUCCGCGAUAUCUGCACACGCUUGGGGGUCGAGAGUGAGGAAAGCGCCGAAUACAUCACGGCCAAGGCGAUUCGUGACGGUGUGAUUGAAGCCUCACUUGACCACCAGAACGGCCACAUGAUCACCGCUUCGCAAAAGGACGCCUACAGCACCACCGAGCCGAGCGAGGCCUUCCAUGCUCGUAUCAGCGCCCUCCUGGGCAUGCGCGACGAGUGCGUCAUGGCGAUGCGAUACCCAAUGAACAAGCAUCGUCAGGAGAUCGCCGAGGCGGCGAAGGCGAGGGAACGCGAGCGCGAGUUGGCGAAGGAGAUCACUGAGGGUGAUAUUGACGACACAGAUGGAGAUGACGGUGGAUUCGAAGGGCUAUGA